UUUGCCUACAUUUUCUGUGUGAGAUUUUGGUCUAGUGAUUGGCCUUGCCAAGUCAUGUGACCUGCGUGGACAAUCCGCCAUAUUAGGCUUAUACCUUACAGGUGUACUCUGGCCGCAUCGCAGUUUGGCAAUCAGUGUGUGCUGUUCUCACUUGAAGUUUGGCCGUAGCAGCAGAAAAUAAAUAUGAGUGGCGACGUUCCAGAAGAGUUUCGGCCUAGGCAGUGCCAUGUUGUGAAAUGGCCUGAAUUCCAGGGAUAUGGCUUCAACUUACAUGCCGAGAAGGGAAAAGCCGGUCAGUAUAUCGGAAAAGUUGACGGUAACUCGCCCGCGGAAGCCGCAGGACUCAAGGAAGGAGACAGGAUCGUGGAAGUCAACAAUGUAAAUAUCGGGAACGAGAAUCAUCAACAGGUUGUUGCAAGAGUUCGAUCGGGCGGCGAAGAAACUCGGCUAUUGGUUGUUGAUACUAAUGCUGACAAUUGGUACAAGGAACAGAAAAAAGUGAUUAAAGGAGAUUUGCCAGAGGUUCUGUUCAUCAGCGCUGCGAGGAACGUCGAAGAGCCGCAAGUAGAAACAGUCCCCGAGCCUGUGGAGGUAGCCCAGGAACCGGAACCAGUGCCAGAGCCUGUGGUAGAACCAGAACCGGUACCGGAGCCUGAGCCAGAACCGGUUGUUGCCGCCGUGGUCAGUUCCGAGCCUUCCAAUGGAGUGAAUGGCGACACCACCCACCGGCCGCGCCUCUGCCACCUCAGGAUAUGGCCGCACUUUCAGGGCUAUGGGUUCAACCUGCACGCCGAGCGGGACAAGCCUGGCCAAUACAUCGGCCUGGUGGACGACGACUCCCCCGCCAGCACCGCCGGCCUCAAGGUCAAUGACCGCAUUGUGGAGGUGAACGGCGUGAACAUUGAGCAACAGACCCACACUGAGGUCAUCUCACGCAUUAAGGAAGUGCCGGGCCAGACCCGUCUCCUGGUAGUUGACCGCGAGGCUGACCAAUACUUCCGCGAGAAGGGCGUGGCCGUGAGCUCCUACUUGCCAGAGACGGAGUUCCUCUCCAGUGCAGACCCCAACGAUGUCCAGGGACAGCCCGAGACCGUGGACCUGGACCAGGAGGUCGCUGUAACUCCUGCUCCUGCUGCUGUUGCUGCUGCUGCUGUUGUGGUUGAGCAGCAGGCGGAGGAGGAGGUUACUUUUGAGAUGAAAGAGGAGGAGGAAGAGGUGGCCGCUCUUGUGGCAGCCGUGGAUGACCUUGAAGUGACCAACGGCCAGUUUGCUGCUGAUGAUAGUGAUGCUGAUGACAAUGAUGUUGUUAGAGCAGCAGAAGAAGACGUAACUAAUGAAUUCAACGCGGUGGUAGAGCAGGCCGGUUUAGAGGUGGAGGAGGAGGAAGUGUCCGCAAGAGUCGAGGUUGUGCAGCAGGAAGAAGAAGAGGAGCCCGCCCUGCCCCCUCCACCUCCCAUCGAAUAUCCGAUCGCGGUACCGGAACCGCUGGAGCCGGAACCGCUUGAGCCGGAACCGCUUGAACCGGAACCUUUGGAACCGGAACCUUUGGAACCGGAACCUUUGGAACCGGAACCUUUGGAACCGGAACUGUCGGAACCGGAACAGUCGGAACCGGAACAGCUGGGACUGGAACUUAUGACGCCUCCUCCUGCUGUGGAAGUGGAAGGAGCCAGCCCCAGAGCCUGAGUACACACUAGCCUCCUCGGAGCCCACUCCACAACCACAGCCGUCCCCAACGCCAGUACGUGAGGAGCCCGCACCACCUGCCCCUGAGCCCACGCCUGCUCCCGUGUCCGCCCCACAACCCACCACGCCUGCUCCAGCAGGUACUGAUGCUCUGGGAAUGGGGCUCUCGGUGGCCGAAAUGAAGGAGAGGUUAAAGGCUAAGAAGAAGCAGGACCCGAGGUUGAGCAAGAUGUCCUUUGAGCAGAAGUACAAGGAUUUCCAGAGAUUGUAAACCACGGAAUACAUCCAUAGGGGUGUGCAAGUAAUAGCAAGGAAUAAAGAUACGUUUGCUCAGAUUGUAUUGGGAGGUAGAAAGAGGAUAGGAAUCAAAUUUUGUGCAGGGUCAGAAAAAAAUUCCGUGUCACUUGUAUUGAAAGACUGAAUUUUUCUUCCAGCAGGUUGGGGUAGGGGGGGGGGGGGAGGGAGGAGGAGGAGGAGAUAAAUUGUAUAAGCAAAACUUCUGUCUGCUGCAGUUUGUAUUGUGACACAUGGAACAAGCCGAACAUUUCUGUCUUGUAUAUUUAUACCCUCAUGUUUACAAAGAGGUUUUGAAGUUUGCAAUAAUUGAAAGUUUUUUGUACAAGGGGAGAUAAUGCAGGACUAUUUUUUUGCCAUGUGAUCCUUUAUCUUCCUCCAAAGAGUGAUUGUGUAGUUUGUAUUAGAUCACAAGUCACAGACUCAGUCUCUAGAACAGAACUUGCAGUAUGGUAGAGCAUAGACAUAACGUCAGUGAUUGUCACAAUAAUCAGUUGAAAGUUUUUUCUUGGAUUGUCUUCCAUUGUAGUUGAUGAUGUAAAAGUCUUCAAACUAAAUGUCAAAGUAUGUGGACGCAAUGCCCUGCCUUCCAUUCAAUUCCCCGUUUUCUUGUGUGGUAAAGGAAGAGAAAUAAGGAUAAAUUUGGGUUAGGACUACUUUCUGAUUACACACUUCAGAAUAUCAUCUCUAAAUUCUCUAAGUCUCGAUAUUUAAAUCUUUCAAAAAUUUCUUUGAAGUAAGAAAUGCGGUUUCUCCUGCAAUGGAAAAAUUUGUCCAUUUUAAAUUGGAAACUGCUUGGUUCUAUUUACAUCUCAUCUAUUGAGCCUUUUUGAAAACAUUUAUCUCACUCGUUGUGGUAAAUCUUUAAAUUUGUACGGCCUUUUUCACCUCAGUGUGUUAGGGUGUUAAUGAUAGUUGUAAGAUGAUUAUAAUAAAGUUGUAGACCUACAAUUUUUAUCAUCUAGAGAAACAUUGAGGGUUGUUUCAACUAUUUUAUAUCUCUAUAGUAACAGUGAAAUCUUUACCUCUUCUGUCUGCAAUAUGCGGAGUAGCACAUAUUCCAAACCAUGCUUGUGGCCUUGGGAUGAAGAGAGUGAAGGAUUUGGAAACGAAAAUGAAAUAAAUCCUUAAUUGUGUGUGGAAUUCAGAGCGAGGCUCUACUUCACUUCACUUCACUUCCAGUACUAUAGCAAUGUUCACUUUGUGAUAAUGUAAUACUUUUUGAAAAGUGUCAAAAUGCUGAAACAAACAGUUCUGUUAUGCAGUUUCCCCCCAGUGGAUUACGGUGUCUGAAACAUUUUUGUAUGUUCCUGCCAUGUGUGCUUAUAUAUAUAUAUAUAAAAUAUGAUAUCUGUAUAUAUGCACACAUAUAUACAUACGUCAUAUACUGACAUGAAUCAUGCUUUUUUACACCUGCAACCCUUGUUGAGGAUUUUUGCCUUUUUUUCCUUACUGGGAAAGAAGCACUUACAUUAUGGCAUAUUAUGUCACAAUAAAAUGAUAAUUAUUUAUAAUCCCCUGCCAUUUGUUUGCCAGAAAAUUCAUUUGAGUCUAUGUUGCCACAUCUAUUGCUGGAGUGGUGAAUUGCUCCUGACUUUAGUCCAAUUUUCCUCAUUUUGUUUGGCCUCUUGUAGAAUUAUGUUAAUAUCGAUUUUUCGACUAGUUCUUUGUGGCAGCAUUUGAUUGCUUAGUGAAUUACAUGAAACCUGCUUUUUUUUUUUUUUUUUUUUUUUGAAAACCUUUCUUUUUGUAGCAAAUAAUUUGCUUGCACCAUUUGUAAGAUGUUUGAACAGUUUUCAAGAAAUAUUUCUAUUAUCUAUAUUUCUUUUCACUGUCAAUUUUUGUGGUGUUAAGUUUAAAAACCCCAAAGAUUCCCUCUCGAUUCUGCUCGUAACAUAAUCAUGGAUAGUGUUUGGUUAGUCUUGGAGAUUGAACAUUAUUUUACAGCCUAUGGUUUAUUUAUAUAUUAUAUUUAUGUGUAUAUUUAUGUAUUAUUCUAUUUUUAAGUUGGGCUGAAAGCAGUUGAGAGCUCGUGGACUCGAAUGCCCAGGCCCGUGAAGGGCCCAGUCAGCAUGUGUAGAUGAUCAUAAUAUCUCAUGUAAUCACAGUUAGCCAGUUAAAGCCUGUCGCUUUUAAAAUUCCCUGCACUUUUUCAGUGAUUUGUUUCCUCCUCUGUUUUUGAAUGAUUUGUUGAGCUUGCUGUAAACGCAUGAGGCUGUUGUUUGAUUUUGUCGAUCCCCCUUUAUAAUGUCAACACAUGAAGCAGUGUCUGUGUUUUGAUCUGCUUAAAAGCUGAAAAUGUGGCGCUGUCAAUGCAUUUUGUUCAGCAUAUUACAACGCUGUAACACUUGAGAGCCUUAUUAUGCUUUGUUCAAUUUUCUGUGCACAUUUUAAGAAUUUGAUGCAACUGUUUAUUGCAAGUACAUUCCAGAGGCUAGUGUAGCCUCUUUUAUUCCUUGGGUCAGUAAGUUCCACUACAUGAUGGGCAUGUUUCAGAAGAAUGAUUGCUUUUUCCCUGACGCAGUAAUUGCUGAUGUGGCAUUUGCACGUAAGAGAGGUCAACAUGAAAAUUAAUUGUCCAUGUGAUAAAAAAUUAUGUUAAAGUCUUUUAGUUGUGUUUUUUUGUGCUAGUGCUACUAUUCAUGUUUUAGUUUCAUUUUUCUGAUUUUGUUUUGCCUUUGCCAUAGCCUUCAAUUCUAACUCUAAAUCCUUUUAUUGUGCAAAAUAUUAAGGUAAAAGUAGUAACUAAGUUAAAGUAGCAAAGCAUUUCCUUGUUGCAUUUUCUUCCUUUCUAUUGUGUGUUUAUGGAGAUAUUUAUUUGAAGUGAUACAAAAAAAUUUAUUAUUUUAGAUGAAAGAGAUAAUAAAAGUGCAGGUAAUUUCCAAAACUUUCCUUGUAUUGGUUUUUGUUAUUUUGUUCAAGUUAUGUAGACUUUUUUUUCAGGAAGUUCUGGUAGUCUAGCUUAGAUGGAAUUUACGACUCUGUUGGUUUGAAUACUAGAUAACAUGUUGAAUGUAUUAUUUGAGUCAUUUUGACACACUCUUUGUUCUUUUUGCCUCAAACUUUGCAUUGUAAUAACAGCCUUACAGCAUUUAUUUUCAUCAAUUUACUAUUGCCACACAUUCCUCUGCAUUCAGUUUUUGAAGACACAUUGAAUUGAUUAUAAUAAGUUACUUUUGCAUAGCACAGUAGUGACUUGUGCUCUUUGAAAAUGUAAAUGUGUUUUGCCAUAAGCUUAUUUUUGAGUAAUGUGGUUGUAGAGAAAUUAGAGUUUUUUCUUUUUUUGCUGAUAUAUUUUUUUAUUGUGUCAAGCAGGAGCACUAUGAUUAGAAAAGCUUAAAUAGAGCACAGGCGUAUUGUCUAUAAUUAGACUGUCUUUCUCCUUCUUGCUAUUUAUAACAAAGCUCUUUGUGCCCUCACAAUUAGCUAAGCAUGUGAAAGUCAUUUUCAAAUUUUAGUGACAUUUUUUGUAGGUGAGACAGGAACCUUCUUUCUGACUGAUUUUAUGCACAUCAUAUUGAUGAGUUUUGACGCAAA